GCCCCCCUGCAGGCUGCACGGAGCGACGGUUCGAGUCCAGGAGCCAUGUUGAUGCCUGGCUCGGGGUCGGAAGCUGCGCUGUGGACGGUCGGAGCCGGACUGCGUCUGAAGGACGAGGAUUCCUCCGCGGGGAUGCUGGCCCCGCGAUGAGCGGACCCGAGCACUCUGGGACGGUUUCCGCUCGAGCAGGUCGACGUCACUUAGCUCGGCUAAAGGCUAAAGUAGCAACAGCUGUUCGGCUGCAGCUCCUGGACUAAAACAAAAUAUAGCUGUUUAUUUCACCCUGCGGCGUUUUAUUGAGCAGAGUUCUGCAUUAACAUAAGAACUGGGCUGCUGAGGUCGCGCUAAAGUUAGGUUUGUAGCGGCAGCUCCCGGCUAACACUAGCAUGCUAACAGCCAGCCCGCAGCUCCUGUCACGACUAACUCGCCUCGCUGGGUUGAAAUACUGUUAAUAAAGUGUUGCAAAAGCCGGGUAAAGAUAUGGCUGUAGAGUCGGUUUCCAGGGAAAGCUACCAGGGUUCGUGCCCAGCCUGCCCGGCCGCGGGUACCGGGGUGGCAGCGUAACUGUCCUCCUGCUCCGGGUGAUCCGCAGCUGCAGAGCCGCCUCUCCUCCCAGCCCGACCCGCUCCAGAGACACGCUGGCGGCCCUGGGGGUGGAAGCCGAGGACAAGGAGCUGGGGCCCAUGGCCUGGGUGCUGAAGAUGGACGACGCCGCCAUCGAGUCGGGGCUGGUGCACGACUUCGAUGCGAGUCUGUCCGGCAUCGGGCAGGAGCUGGGGGCUGGAGCCUACAGCAUGAGUGACGUGCUAGCCCUGCCCAUCUUUAAACAGGAGGACUCCAGUCUUCCCCCUGAAACUGAGACCAAAAACCCCCCAUUCCAGUAUGUGCUGUGCGCUGCCACCUCGCCUGCUGUCAAGCUGCAUGAGGAGACACUCACAUACCUAAACCAAGGCCAGUCUUAUGAGGUUCGUAUGUUGGACAGCAGGAAGUCAGGAGAGCUACCUGAGCUCAAUAACAAUAUGGUGAAGAGCAUAAUACGAGUAGUGUUUCAUGACCGCCGACUGCAGUACACGGAGCACCAGCAGCUGGAGGGCUGGAGGUGGAAUCGUCCUGGUGACCGUCUCCUUGACAUCGAUAUCCCCAUGUCAGUGGGCAUCGUAGAGCCGAAGACUCACCCCUCUCAGCUUAACGCGGCAGAGUUUCUGUGGGAUUUAAACAAAAGAGCUUCUGUUUUUGUGCAGGUGCACUGCAUCAGCACAGAGUUCACUCCCAGGAAGCAUGGUGGGGAAAAGGGCGUCCCCUUUAGGAUCCAGAUUGACACAUUCACCCAAGGAGACGGUGCAGAGUACACGGAGCACAUCCACUCUGCCUCCUGCCAAAUCAAAGUCUUCAAGCCAAAGGGGGCGGAUCGUAAACAAAAGACUGACAGAGAGAAAAUGGAGAAACGUACACCUCAAGAGAAGGAAAAGUACCAGCCUUCUUAUGAUACCACUGUCCUAUCAGAGACGAGACUUGAGCCCAUCAUAGAGGAUGUGGGCGACCAUGAGCUGAAGAAGUCCAGCAAGCGGACACUUCCCGCUGACUGUGGCGACUCUUUGGCCAAGAGAGGCAGUUGCUCCCCUUGGCCAGAAACCGCCUUUGCCAGCACCACCAACCAGGCAGCUUCCCCCUCCUUCACUUCCACCCCUUUGUCAACCUAUACAGCCUCUUCAGUACUAGACAGUGACUCAUCCUCUCCCAAUCACCAGGCAGAUCCUGGCAGCCUUGGUAACUCAGAGCAGUUGAGCCCCACUGCCUCCAUACAGGACACGCAGAAGUGGCUGGUGAAAAAUCGCUUCAGCUCCUACGCCCGACUCUUUACUCACUUCUCAGGUUCUGAUUUGUUGAAGCUUACCCGGGACGACCUGGUCCAGAUUUGUGGACCAGCAGAUGGGAUCAGACUCUUCAAUGCACUAAAAUCCAGGUCUGUGCGUCCCAGGUUGACGGUGUACGUCUGUCAGGAGUCCUCUCCAGAGAGCCCCCUGUUGGAGAGACACUGCACCAGUGAAAAUGGAGAAAACAGCAUCUCCCCAAGUUUACAUGUGUACCACGCGCUCUACUUGGAGGAGCUCACAGCUGCAGAACUCAUCCGCAAGAUGGCGUGUGUUUGUGGCAUUCCACUGGGACAGGUCAACCAAGUGUACAAACAGGGUCCUACAGGCAUACUUAUCAUGCUAAGUGACCAGAUGGUCUCCAACUUGACUGACGAGAGCUGUUUUUUGAUCAGCACUGUUAAAGAUGAGUUGGGCGAAGGACUUCAUCUAAUCCUAAAGUAGUGAGGACAGAUGGCAUCACUAAUACUCCACCCUCUGUUUUGGAGCAUAAGCAUCUCUGUCCCUCUCUGCCUUUACUCUUUCCCUCUACAUCCUUCCCGUCUCUUAACGAUCGCUCGAUGGAAAGCACAGAGACUGCGCUAAAGCCAUGUAAAUGUUAGAAUCUGACAUGGGUGUGUCCACUGUUUCAUAUUGAAAACAUUAUUAACGAAGGUGAUUGGAUAAAAGAAGUGAGAUCGGGGAGGAUAUGAGAUUAGGGCAAAGUUGACAUUCUUAUAUGUAUUUUAUUUUUUGUCUUUUUUAUAUUGAUUCUGUGUGGAGAAAGGAGGUUAUAGGCUCCAAUAGAGAGGGGUGUGUGGUGCUCUGGCCUGUAAGAGAUGGAAGGAAGACAGUUUCCUUAUUGCUUGUUGCCCUUCCUACACAACAUGCACAAUUAACACUUGGCCAGUAUUUGAUUAACCUGUACUGCUGAACAACAUGCGGUCUCAAGUUGAAUAAAGAAAAAUCCCACUUUAUUCUAAGUACAUAACAUUUUGAUGGGAUUAUCUUAAUACACCAUUAUCCAUCAACUCAGACUGCUAACUGUGGACAAAUCCACUGAAGUGAGUGGACGUGCCCUCGUUUGUGAAUUUUGAUGCCCCCCCUUUUAUUCUUUUUUCCAUUUAAUUGACUUCAUAGACCUCUGUUACAGUCAUCAUGUGUCUUACAGCCAUAUCUCUGUGUUGACAUGAUGUCACACUCAGCUCUCCUAACAUACGUCCUGUUUGACCCGCUCCUUUCCUUCUGUUAUUUUGGGGUGUGUUUUUAAGUUCGCAUUUUAUUUAUGGAUCAGCUGUUUUUGUCUCUUUCAGUGACUCUACUUGUGUCCGGUGCCAUAAAUGGCUUUUUAUCUCAGUCUUUUACUGACAUGUGCACACAGAGCCCAUAAUACGUCAUCUUGAAGUCCUCUGAAUUUUGCAACGACUUUGAAACACUGGUUUGGAGAACUGUGGUUCUGUAAUUGUGGCCAUAGAUGUACAUAAAAAAAUAAAAAAGACAUAACUUCUUAAGAAUACUGUUUGUUUUAGCCAUAAUGCCUAUCCAAAAACCUACAACCAAGUGGACCAAACGGGUUAAAGAAUGAUAGGCACUUUGUCAGAUGAGAUAAACCUUAGGGGAUUUUAGUAAUUUGAUCAUAAGAGGCACUCAAUGAACUAGUUUAGAGUUGGACAACUUCCGAUGGAGUUUUUUUUUCACCAUAAAAACUCCAUUCCAGGACCUGCUUUGCAAUAAACAACUCAUCAGGAACAGGACUUGACAGAAAUACAUAAAAGUAAUCUACAAAGAUCAUAACACCGCCACAUCCAGCUACAGAAUCGUAUAAGUACUGAUCAUGUGUUUUGAGUGCCCACGCCUCUGAAAAGUGAUGGGGAAUCACACCUGCGAGUCUGCAUUGGUUUAGUUGACGUGUUCUGGCAUUUUUGAGGUGCUUGCACUUCAGGGUGUCGUGUGUGCAUGUGUAUCAUUUGUGUGUUCUUUGCAAAGAAGAUUUCAUUGUCUUUUUUUCUUUUCUCUCUCCCCGUUGCGAUGAAAAAUUGUUUUGCUUGAUACUUAGCAAAGAGCAUGUGGAAAAUGGGGAAAGGUGGGACAGAUAAAUGUCACUAAGUGUAUCCCCUUCUUUUCCCCUCGCUUCCUCCCCCCCAUACAAUAGAGACCAAGCCUGCACUCUAGUACUGUGUAGUCAGUAGUCCUAAAGUGACACUCUUUUUCUACCUGCCUAAUCAGAAGGAGAACAAAACAAAACUUAAAAUAAAGAAUGUCAAGAUUAAAAGGGGAACUGUUCCUGUCUCAUCACACACCAGAGCCAGGACUGUAGCUCUUGUGGUGUUUACAUGGACAUGAGUACCACAGAAAAGCAAACUGUUCAUCAACUCAAAGUUAAAGACAGUAAAAAUGGAUGCGAUAAAGAGGAAGGCGAUCUCUCAUAAGCAGCUUUAGUCCACUGAAGUCCUGAUUGACUACUUGUCUGUCUGAGCUUAAGCUGGAGAGGUGACCACUGAAAAUGCUUCUCUCGUGCACAGUAUCAUAUGCUGGAGAUGUACACAACCACAUGUGCUGGGAAUAAAUGAUUUCAUAACUUU